GUAGAGAGUAAUAUAUAAUCAGUUAUAUUAUAUUAUUGGUUAGAUUGUGUGUUACAAAUAUGAAAAUCAAAAUGUUACCACUUUUCAGAAAAGCUGCGGAAGUAUGUUUCAUAUGUUAAGAAAAAUGACGAUCAAGAAUGAGGGAUACCUUGAGUAUAUAUUAUUCUGGCUUUGUCAAGAAGCAACACCAAAGCACAAUAAUUAAUCUACCAACAAGUAAUCUUUUCACCUCCUUUAUAUACCACAUUUACACCAUAUGAAAAAAUAAACACCAAUCUGAUAAACAAAAUAAAAAUGGAAGGGAUAAAAAGAUUUCUUACAACAAAAGGUGACCACCAAAAAAGAUCUAACCAGGCAUUUUGGUUUUGUUUUUGUUUCCGGCGUAUGUUCAAACUGAAAAUGGCGGAACCCCCACAAGAUAUCGUCGACUUGUUCAACGAUUACUCUGAUAAUGGAGUGAUGACAAUUGAAAAUUUGUGCGAGUUUUUGAAAGAUUUUCAAGGAGAAAAUAAUGAUACUACCUUUGAAAGUGCUCAAGCCAUAUUUGAUAGUCUUAAACAUCUUCAUGUGUUCCAAAGGAGGGGUCUUCAUCUUGAUGCUUUCUUCAAAUAUUUGUUUGGGGACCUAAAUCCUCCUCUUGCUCCUCUUGGGGUGCAUCAUAACAUGAAAGAGCCUCUAGCUCACUACUUCUUGUACACAGGCCACAAUUCCUACUUAACCGGGAAUCAGCUCAGCAGCCCGAGCAGCGUCGAGCCGAUAAUUAUGGCCUUAAGAAGUGGUGUUAAGGUCAUUGAGCUAGAUUUAUGGACCAGCAAGAAAAGCAAACAUGAUAUCGCAGUUUGCCAUGGAGGGACUAUGACUUCUCCUGUGGAUCUCAUUGAAUGUUUGGAAGCAAUCAAGGAAAACGCUUUCUACGCUUCGGAUUUUCCUGUCAUAAUAACAUUUGAAGAUCACUUGGAUGCUGUGCUUCAGGCUAAAGUGGCUCAGGAGAGUUACUGAAAAAAGAAUACUAUGGUCAGUGAAACAUUUGGGGAUAUGCUAUACCCUGGAGUGGAAUUUCUUGAAUUCCCUUCACCUGAAGAAUUGAAGGGAAAGAUUCUGAUAUCAACCAAGCCACCAAAAGAACCACUUGGUAGUUUCACGGAACAAGAAAAUCAAGAACUGAAGAUUGAGGAGCUCACUGAUAGAUCAGGAAAUGAAGAACUCGAUAUAAAUAUUCAGAAGAGUGAGGAGGAAGAUGAGGAGGAGGCUGCAGUUAUAGAGUAUAGGCAUUUGAUUGCCAUUCAUGCUUCGAAGUGGAAAAGUGGAUUGGAGAGCUUGUUAAAAGACAAUUCUAAAAGAGUUGCUCGGUUGAGUAUGAGCGAGGAGAAGCUGCAAAAUGUUGUAAAAGCUUAUGCAACAGAUAUCGUCAGGUUUACGCAGAAGAACCUACUAAGGAUAUAUCCGAAAGGCACACGCAUAUUAUCUUCAAAUUUCAAUCCUCUAAUCGGGUGGACACACGGAGCUCAAAUGGUAGCAUUUAACAUGCAGGGUCAUGGAAAGUACUUGUGGAUCAUGCAAGGGAUGUUUAGAGCCAAUGGUGGUUGUGGUUAUGUAAAGAAGCCAGAUAUCUUGUUAAGUAACGAGGCAUUUGAUCCCAGCCUAAGAAGACCAGUCAAGAAAACUUUGAAGGUAAAGUUGUACAUGGGUGAUGGAUGGCAUUUGCAAUUUCGUCGAACGCAUUUUGAUCCUUUUUCUCCACCAGAUUUCUUUACUAAGGUUGAAAUUUGGGGAGUUCCUGCUGACAUCAAGAAGGCAACGACAGCAAUUAUCGAGGAUCAGUGGGUUCCCAUAUGGAACAAGGAGUUCGAGUUUCCAUUGACAGUUCCUGAACUUGCCCUGUUAAGAAUUGAAGUUUGUGAAUUCGACGUAGACAGAAGGCAUGGCUUUGGAGGCCAGACUUGCUUACCAAUCUCAGAAUUAAGAAGUGGCAUCCGAGCUAUUCCAUUGUAUAGCAAGAAAGGAGAGAUAUAUGAACAUGUCAAACUUCUUACACGAUUUCAGAUCUUAUCAGAAGUUAACUGACUGUAACAUCUUUAUGAGUACUACAGUUUAUUGUUAUAGAUGCUGUGUCCUGUGUGUGUUGCAGCCAGUAUGAAUUUCUGAUACACCAACAAUUUAGUAAUAAUAAUACCCAUGUAGAAA